CCAAGAACUCAAACACUCGUUAUAUAAUUCUGUAGCAAUUUGUGCUGUGAGGAUAAUCAAGAUAAAUUCUAGUUAGUUUCUAAAACUGGGGAAAUGGCUUUGAGUUUUGAGUCCUACAAGUGGAAGUACGAUGUAUUCUUGAGCUUUAGAGGGCAUGACACACGCAUGAGUUUCACAAGUCAUCUUUAUCAUGCUCUAUGUCAAAAAGGAGUUAAUACUUUCAUAGACUACAAGGAUCUCAAGAGGGGAGAGAAGAUUUCAGCUUCACUUUUUGGAGCUAUUGAAGUCUCAAGGAUCUCAGUAGUCAUAUUAUCUAAAACUUAUGCUUCUUCCACUUACUGCUUGGAUGAACUCCUUAAGAUCCUUGAGUGUAAGGAUUCCAAAGGUCAACUGGUUUUGCCUAUUUUUUAUCACAUGAAUCCAUCUCAGGUAAGAGAACAGAAGGGAAGCUUUGAAGAAGCUUUGGCCCAACAUGAAGAUAAAUUCAGGGAUGAUGUGGACAAAGUGAAAAGGUGGAAGGAAGCUCUAUGUGAAGUAGCUACUUUGUCUGGCUGGCACAUAGGAGAUGGGCCGGAAUCUAUGUUUGUCAAGCGAAUUGUUGAAGAGAUAUUGAGUAAGCUGAACCGCUUACCUAUCAAUGUUGCCAAACAUCCUGUUGGACUAGAUUUGCCGGUAGAAGAUAUUAAAUCACUUUUGGAAACUGGAUUAGAUGAUGUGUGGUCUAUAGGAAUUUAUGGAAUUGGGGGAAUUGGGAAAACAACACUGGCUAAGACUGUUUAUAACCACAUUGGUAGUAAGUUUGAGGCCAGUGCUUUCAUUGCUGAUGUUAGAGAAAUUUCAAGUCAAAGAUUUGGCAUAGUUCAACUACAAGAGGCACUUCUUUCAGAGGUUUUGAACCAUAGGGAUUUUAAAGUAGGAAGCAAAGAUAAAGGAAUUAAUCUGAUAAAAACUAGACUUUGCUGUAAAAAGGUUCUCAUAGUUGUUGAUGAUGUUGAUUCAUUGGAGCAACUGGAAUCUUUGGUUGGAGAAUACAGUUGGUUUGGAUUAGGAAGUAGAAUCAUCAUAACAACUAGAGAUGAGCAUUUGCUAGUUGCUCACAAUGUGGAAGCAUCCUACAAGGUCAAGGAAUUAAGUCAUGACCAUGCUCUUGAACUGUUUUGUUGGUAUGCUUUCAAACAUCCCUUCCCUCAAAUAAAUUAUGAAGAAUUGUCCUUCCACAUAUUAAACUAUGCCAAGGGCUUUCCAUUGGCACUAACAGUUUUGGGGUCCCACUUGUGUGGUAGAGAUAAAGCACAAUGGAUAAGUGCAUUGGCUAAACUGGAAAAAGUUCCAAAUAAGCAUAUUUUUGAAGUACUUAAAAUCAGCUUUGAUGGGAUGGAAGAGAAUGAAAAGACCAUAUUUCUUGAUAUUGCAUGUUUCUUCAAGGGAGAGGACAAACAAUAUGUGAAAAUGAUACUAGACGGUUGUGAUCUGCAUUCAGAUAGUGGGAUUGGUGUUCUAAUGGAUAAGUCUCUCAUCACUGUAGAACUGAACAAGCUUUGGAUGCAUGAGUUGCUACAAGAAAUGGCUAAAGAAAUUGUUCGCCGUGAAUCUCCCAAAGAGCCUGGUAAUCGUAGCAGACUCUGGUUUCAUGAGGAUGUGCUUCAUGUAUUGGACCAAAAUAUGGGAACCAAUAACAUCGAAGGAAUAAGGCUAGAUCUACCUGAACCAAAUAAUGUUGACAUAAAUGGAAAAGCAUUGGCAAAUAUGAAAAAACUUAGACUUCUUAAGAUCAAUAAUGCACAUAUUUCAGCUGACUUUCAAUAUUUAUCUGAUGAGCUAAGAUUAAUUGAUUGGUCGGGGUACCCUUCUUCAACUCUUCCACAAAACUUUCACCCAAAGAGGCUAGUUUCUUUAAAUCUGAGUCAUGGUCGCAUCAAAAACUUGUGGAAGGGAGUUAAGAUAUUCAGAGACUUGAAACUUGUAUCCUUUACCUGCUGUGAGUACCUCACUGAAAUUCCAGACUUCUCAAUGAUUCCAAACCUUGAGAGUCUCUGCCUAGAACACUGUAACAGGUUAACUAAGGUGCAUGAGUCUGUUGGAUCCCUUGAUAAACUUGCUACUUUAAAUUUCUUACUAUGCUCCAAUCUCAAGACUCUUCCAAGUUGUUUCAAGUUAAAAUCUCUACAUACUCUUAUCCUUACUGGCUGCUCAAAAGUUAGAAAGUUUCCUGAGAUUGUUGAGAGAAUGGCACAUCUUGAAGAACUCCUUCUCCAGGGUACUGCCAUAAAAGAACUACCACAGUCAAUUGAAUACCUUAAUGGGUUGAAAGUCUUACUCUUAGAUUCUUGCCAAAUGCUAGAGCAUCUCCCUAAUAGCAUUCACAGUUUGCAAUGCCUUACUACACUUGGUCUCACCGACUGCCAUAAGCUCAAGGAGCUUCCAAAACUUCCACCAAACACAAGAUAUUUAAACACAAGUAAUUGCAAAUCAUUGGAAAGUUUACAAGCAUUUUCCAACUCACCAAAUUUCAGUGCAGGGAAUUUACCAGUGUUUUCUGUAAUGAUGUUCAUCAACUGCAAUAAACUGAUUAAUAAACAGUUCCAGGACCACAUAACAAAUCUCUUGUAUAAUGAGGAGUUUGUUCAUGAAGUUAUGCUUCCAGGGAGCAACAUCCCAGAUUGGUUUCAUCAUCAGAGUACUAAUAGUUCGAUUUCUCUUAUGGUGUCUUCAAGAUUGUAUGGUAAGAUGGUGGAGUUGUUUUUUGGUGCAGUUUUGGAGUUGGACAAGGGUGAUAUUACAACUGGAAUGUUUUCUUGUGGAUACGAGGUUAUUAUCAACAAUGAAAGGACAUUUUUGAUGGAAAGAAGGUUUGAUUCAUUGGACACGAGUCAUGUGUGGCUGACUAAGAAUAAUUGUGGUUGUUUGAUAUGGCCACUCAACAGUAUCCAUCAUUGGAAUCACUUUAGGAUUUCGUUUGGGGUAUUUGAAGUCUCAUCAAAGGUGAAAGUAAAAGCAUCCCUGAAAAGCUGUGGUUUCCAUAUCUCGUCCAAGCAAGAAAUGCAUCUAAUUGAUCAUGAAACAGUUAGAAAUUUCCAAUGCCACAAAGAAUAGGAUACACCUUAGUGCAGUAUUGUUUCCAACUGUACUAUCAUUUUUAUUAAUUAAAUGACUGUGGAAAGUUACUUCACACAGUGAGUGUAUUACUUUUUUCUCUUGUUUUAUAUGUUCAGAUGUAAGAUAUUAGUGAAUUAUAGCAGAGUGGAAAAGUGUAUUAGCAUUUGAA